GUCACAUCCGGCUUCCGUUCUGGUAUUUAUUUGUCGAUGUUUUAACGUCGAGUCACUUGCCUUAAAUAAAUCGUUGACCCGCAAAGGUAUUUUACCGCCGGUUUUCUUUUCAGGGCGAUUGUAUCGUGCAACUUUCGGACAGUCAUGAAGUUGGUAAGGUUUUUAAUGAAAUUGAGUCAUGAGACUGUCACCGUGGAGUUGAAGAACGGGACGCAGGUUCACGGAACCAUCACAGGUGUCGAUGUCAGUAUGAAUACACAUCUAAAGGCUGUCAAAAUGACUGUUAAAAACAGAGAACCGGUCCAGUUGGAGACACUAAGUAUUCGAGGCAAUAAUAUUCGUUACUUCAUUCUACCAGACAGUUUGCCACUUGACACCUUACUUGUCGAUGUUGAACCGAAAGUUAAAUCAAAAAAGAGAGAGGCUGUUGCUGGCCGUGGCAGAGGAAGAGGCCGUGGCAGAGGAAGAGGCCGUGGCAGAGGCAGAGGAGGACCAAGACGAUAGUUUUAAGUAGGAAAGAAAUGGACAAAAAUAAAAUUUUGUACAGAUUUUUGUUAAAUUUUAAUAAAGUAAUGGCCUUAGACUGUAAGCAUCCAAACUUAAGUUUAUGAAGCAUUCAUUUUUGAAUAAAAUUUGUUGAAAGCUAAA